GUGCACAUAUUUACUCGGUCUCGGUGAAAAAUAACGAAAAUAAAGUUAAAGGGAAAGUGAAAUUUUGCACACAACCUUUUUUUGUUAAAGAACUCAAUGAUAAGAUUGGACAUUUUGUGCAAAAGAUAAAAAUGUGCUGCUAGGUGCAGCAUUCUCUUAGUAAUACAACAAAAGUUAUCGAGCAGAAGCUUUCGGUGUCAGCUAACAUAACUCUGUCAGUAAGCGAAAUGACCACUCUGUUUGCACGAAUCUUCCGCCAAGCGAAAAUCACCUUCGAACAAACCAACGCAGAACGGCUUCUAAGUAAUCUGCAAAACCUGCGAGCCCUGGUGGAACAGUUGACUCUGAAUGAUCUGAAUUUGGAUCCGGCUGUGGUAGCUCACGAGACAUUUCAGCAACCAUUAAAGGCUCCAUGCACCUUUAUAGAAAUUUUCGAGAAUGCCUGCUUUACAAUGUCUGUCUUUGUUCUAAGAGAGAACUAUACAAUGCCUCUGCAUGAUCAUCCCCGGAUGCAUGGUCUUUUGAGGGUGAUCGCAGGAACAGUGAAAAUACAAAGCUACACUGAAAUAGAUCGCCGUGAACGCAUUCGUGACGGCGAUGAACUACGUCACGUAUUGGUCGAUGUGGAGCAAACAAAAAUGAUCAGUCCCGAGAAAGGCGAUUCUGCGAUGCUGACACCAACGGAGCGCAAUUACCACGAGAUAACAGCGAUCGGUGGUCCGGCAGCAUUCUUCGAUAUUCUAAGUCCACCAUAUGAUGCUGAUAUUCCAAUCUAUGGAAAACGAACUUGCUCGUUUUAUAAAAAGUUACUGCUCCCAGGCGAUGGUGCCGGCAGCGAGGGCCGCAUGCGAAUGGUACUGGAAAGGAUACCCACACCAGAUCAUUAUUACUGUGAUACGGAACAAUUUGAAACACCAGAAUUCAUGCAUGAUAGUGAAGCCAGUGAAUAGAAAUGCUUGCUGUUAUCUGGAAUGAGCAAACGGACGUGCCCUGAUAUUGUGUAGAUAAUCCGAAACCAAUGCUUAUAAUGUGUAUCGUUUCAAUAUUAUUUCUAUGCAACUUUGUUCGCUUUAUAGUAUUUGUAUCAUCAAAACAACCCAAAAUUAAUUGAAUGGAAAGGAUUAUCCGAUAUUUUUACAUAGCUAACUAAAUUUCCAAAACCUACAAAAUCAUCAAAAACCAAUCAAAUUAUGUAAUGUACUACUGACUGCUCACGGCGCAAAUAGGGAAAAUGCUCUGCAAGUUUACUGCGAGGUCCCAUUGAUAAAUUCGUUGUUAUUUGUAAAAUAUUAAGUUGAAAAUAAAUUAGUUUAUAAAAACUGUCUACUUACGUUCAAGCUGGAAAAGUUAUCCGACAAAAACUUGUUUAAUUUGCGUAAG